AUGCUCCCAUCUAAAAAUGGUGAAGAUACCGUUGAAACCAAAGAAAGUGAUGAAAGCAAAUCACCAAAAUCAUUAAAGUCAAUGGUCCAUGGAGUUAAAGAAACUAUAAAAAAUGAUGCCAUUAAAAACAAAUCACAACGUGAAAAUGAAAAUGUUUCAAGAAAAAAAAUGAAAAGUGUAUCAGGUAGAAAAACUCCAUUUUCUGGGGGUUUUUGGGUAAAGCUUUUAAAAGGUGUAUUUUGCUUCAUCCAGGGUACUCUAGUAACAUUCAAGCAAGAAAAGGUUAGAAAAGCAUUCCUUUCAACAUUAAAAAUCAUUCUCUUUAGUGUUUUAGCAUCUUAUUUACUGGUCUUCUUUUUAACUUUUCCAAUCAGACUAUUCCUCAUCAUUUUAUCUUACUUUGGUUUAGACUUGGAAUCAAUCGAAUUGGAUAAUAUGCUCGAAACCAGACAUUUAAUUCAAGGUAUAGCUUAUUUUAUUCCAAUUGGUGUAAUUGGUAUUCUUCGUUAUGUUUUACCUUCAUUUAAUGAAGAUAUGUUUAAUUAUGCUUUAGAAUCCCAAGAUGCUAAAUUAUCAAAUUUUUUAAAAAAUAGUAAAGUAUUAAAAACCUAUCCAUUAAUUGGCUAUUUAAAACGUUUUAGUAAAUUAGCAGUUAUGGGUAUUCUUGUAUUUGUAUUUAGUUUUAUACCAUAUAUUGGUGAUUUUGUUUUAGCAGUAGCCCAAUUUUAUUAUAGUUAUCAACCAUUGGGUCAAGGUAGUGCAUUCAUUCUUUCAUUGCUCAGUUUAAUUCCAUCAACAAAAUCCAUUGCAGCAGAUAUAUUAAAGACAUCUAUGGCUGCAAACUCACUCGGUAAAGAAUUGUUAGAAGUCUAUUUCGUCAAGCUUCCAGAUGUAAAACAAGAACUCUACAUAUAUCGUCGUUAUUAUGGAUGGAUCUUUGGUUUUAGUUUCUGUUGGAUGUUUGCUUUAAGAACUCCAUAUAUUGGUUCAGUCUUUUGGGGUGUCGCUCAAGCUUCAACUUCAUACCUUAUACUUAAGAUUCUACAAAGAAACAAAUUAAAAGUCGAAAAUCAAGAAAGUGAUAUGGUUUUAUUAGGUCAAGACGAAUUAAGCACUUUUGAAACAUCACCAAUAUUAACUGCUAAAAAACUUAAUUAA